AUGGAAGACGAAUUUCAGGUUGAAUCAAUAUUAGCUCACAUGUCAUAUGAGCAAGCUUAUAAAAAAAGAAAUGAAAUCGGUUUUAAUCCCGAUGAUAAAAAAUGUAAUCUGCACAGUAAAUACGUUUAUCUGGUCAAAUGGGAAGGCUACAACGAGACCACUUGGGAACCAGAAUCAAAUCUGGAAGAUAAUAUCGAAUUAAGAAAAUACAAAACUCAAUUGAACCUUGCAUCGCAACAUAUUCGUUUUAUCGCAGUCUAUCCCUGGAGUGAUAAUCCAGAGUUAGAAGAGGAGAUUCCAAUUCAGCCUAUAGAUGAUAAGGGUCGUGGGCAGGAAAUGUUACACAACGUGCUUCAAGGAAGGAAGAAGAAGGGGCAAGAUAAGCGAAAGGCAAAAAAGAAACCUGCCAAGAAAGAAAAUGAAGAGCAAAAAGAGAAAAAAAAAACCAAGAAUAAGAAAAUAGUUUUGAGCGAGUCGGAGUCUGAUACUGAGGAGAGAUUAUCCAACCGAGAAAGCGAAAGAUUGAGAAACCAUCUCGAUUCAAAUAAUACCAUUAGAUUAACCCGGCCAGAAACCGUUCCGAAACUCAAAAUUAAAAGCAGUCGUAAACGUAGUAUUGAUAACUCUGAUGAUGAAAUCCCUGUCAUAACGUCUGCUCCGGAAAUUGAAAAUGGCAAUGACAUGAACAAGGAGAAUCCGGCCAAACGUCUGAAAAUCAAAGAGAAAUACACGGUUUCCAAAGCAGACGGCAAGAGUGAUAAUGAUUUAGUUUUGGUUUUCAAGAAAAAUCAUGACGACUCAUCAGUUCAGCCAGAAAAUAAUUAUGAUGUUUUUGAGCCCAAAACCAAGUCCAAAGAGAAGAAUGCUACUUUGAAAGAUAUUAAAGAGAAGUCAUUGCCUGAAAAGAAAGAAAAAUCGAGAUCAGGCUCGAAGCCACCCAACUUGCCCGAAGAUAAGUUGAGUUCUAAGGGCAAAGACGAAAAGGAGAGGAUUGCCGGUAAAGAACUCAAAGAUGUUUCAAAUAAAAAAGGAGAAAGUAGCCUUCAAACAGGAAAAGAUAAAAAAACUCCAGUCGUUGCUACGAAAAGUGUUGAGGCUAUUGAUGCAUCCAAAUCUACUAGAACUAAUGUAGCAAAAGUUCCGGAGAAAGAAAAAUGGAAAAAACCGAAGGGGACAAAGUUGAUAGGUUACGAAGAAAUCAUCAAUGCCCGUACUACUUCCACAUUGCCUAAUGUGGACAAAGAUAGAAUUGAUAGGAUUUCUUGCAAAGUCCGGGAAACGGAGGAGAAGCAGAGACAGAAAGCUCUCGAGAAGGAAAAAGCACUCCGUAGAGAAAAUGAGCAGCUCCCGAUCGUGAGAAGUGUUGUUGAUCCCGCACCGAGAACUUUGAUUCAUCAUAUUAACUCUAAACAAGGACAAGAUUUAAUGAAAAAAGAAGCAUCUACUACUGACAGUGUGAAAGAGGUAUGGGAUGAUCGAUUGUGUCAAAACGAAGCGUUGCAAGUAUUGAAGAAUUCCGCACAUAAGAUCUGUAACAUUUUGAACUACUUAUCUACUAGUUCUGUGGAUAGUGUAAACACAAAAGUGAACGUUUGCAUGAAGAAGUCAAAAAAGCAUUUAAAAUGGAAAAUCAACGACGAGGAAACUAGAACUUUCAUGAAAACGCAAAAGUUGAUGACUUCUAUUCCGUUUCGCUCCAUACCAUCUAGUAGACCUAUUGAAGUGGUUACAUUGCCCGGCGAUGUCCCCGAGAACACCACUCCGGUCGAGGAGAUUUUUCAAAGAAAUAUUAACUGUCUUCCUGAAGCGAAGCAGGUUUUAGAGAAGCUACAUGCUAAUGAUGUUUCCUUAUCGGCUUCUCAAAUAGAGGUUGUGCUCGAUAUUGCUUGCUCAUAUGGUUGUCUCAGACAUGCCCAUUUGAAUAAGUUUUUGCAUAAAUUGAAAGGAAAAACUCUCAUUUUCAAGAUCUUGUCGAUUAUAUGUUCCACAAUGACAGUACUUCCUCAUAUCCACAGAGGCAAUCAAUCUAUGCUGCCUGACAAAUCUUUGACGCUUUUUUCUUCUGAGUCAUCCUCAUCAGAAUCUACCAUGAUUUGCUCUGCUGACCAUUCGAAGUGCAUGACAAUGCGAACUAUACUCCAAUGGCUCCCAGCCAGUCGACGGUAUCUCGACAGAAAUUCACCAUUCUAUGUAAAAAAGUUUAUUUACUGCCUGAAAAAUGGUAGUCAUUGCCAGAGGCUUGCUUACAUUCUAGGAGGUCUCCCUCUUGGAUAUUCUUACGAUCUUGAAGCAAACUACUUGUAUAUAGACCCUAUUCAUAUUGCAUUGCAAGAGGAGAACCCUAUUUUCCUUGUUGAUUUGUUGAAAUUGGGUUUUGAUCUCAAUGCUUUUGCAAUUAAAGUCGACGAAGGGAAGCCAGGAUCAGAUUCAGUUCAAUCAGAACCAAUGCCGAUGAUCCAGUUCUAUGGAGAAUUGGAAGAUGAAGAAGCUGCAAAGACGAAUAAUUUGGAAAGCUCGUACUUCUAUCGUCUUCGUUCUCUCGUGGUCCCCUUUGCUGUACGUUUGGAAUUGUUCAGUCAGACCGAAACAAAAUCCUUCUUCAGCCGGUUAGGAGCUAUUUUAGAUUACAAAGGUCCUUUAACCCCCGUGCAUGCUUUUCGAUCCCCAUCUGCGGGUUCUAUUAAUAUAAUUAGUUCAUUAACUUUUAAGAAUGUUACUUAUGUUGAUCAUGAUUUGCAAUUCCCACAAAAUAUAAUAAGUUUGUCAACUGUUCCUAAAGGAGCUAUCAAGUCGGAGCAAUGUGUUGUCCUGCUCGCAAUUAACAACGUUGAUAUUCUUGGUGGAGAAUGCUGCAAUGGACAAUUUCGUCCUCUAGCUGUCAAAAGAAGAAAAACUAAAGAGAAUCCUAUAACAAGUGCAAAGUUAAUAAUGCAAACAUCGAAGAAAGAAAUCGAGCUGUACAAAGAGUGUUCUUCGGAUUCUCUCACGCUGUUCCGAGUUCCAAAAGAUCGUGAAGAAGAUCUCAGGUUGGAAAUCUGCCAUAUUUCCUUAUCUGUCUCUGGACCCAUGAAUCGCAUGUUUAUUACCCAACUCCAACUGUUCCAUGUCCUCGGAAAUUGA